AUGGAAAAUUCCAAGCCUACAAAAACACCCCCAUGCCCUUCCACAAGGCUAGUUCCUCAUGAUGGAGUCACACUUUUUGAUCCUACUCAGUACAGGAGCAUGGUUGGUGCUCUCCAAUAUUUGACUUUCACUCGUCCAGAUAUAGCUUUCAUUGUGCAUCAAUUGUGUCAGUUCAUGAGUCAUCCUACUACUACACAUCUUGAGGCUACUAAACAUGUUCUCCGUUAUAUCAAAGGCACCUUAAAUUUUGGGAUUUCUUUUACUCCAAGCCCAUUAACUCUCACUGCUUUUUCAGAUUCAAAUUGGGCUGGAGAUCCUACAGAUGGGCACUCUACUACAGGCUUGGUUGUUUUUCUUGGGCCUAAUUCUAUAUCCUGGUCUGCUAAGAAGUAG